AUGACAGAGCCAGUAUCAGCAAUUCUUGCUGCAGCAAUGAUUGCAGCAGGUUACAUAACCAUCAAGUGCGCAACGCCCCCAAACACAUCCCAGAACCGCCACAACACCGACCGAGUCAGCCUAAUAGUAACGCUCUUGCCAUCAUUACUGCCCCUCGUGAGCGUGGGAUUCAUAUACCACGCGCUCCUAACUAUCCUUCCCUCAUACGCGCCAACACACAUCCCCCAGCUCUGCCCAGGAUACCAAACCACCAACACCGCUCUCUUCACCUGGAACGCGACGACCGCGUCCUCGCUGGCCGCCAUCUUCGUCGGCGGAUACAUACGUCUCGGGGCGUACAGUGGUCUAGGACGCUCAUUUACCUUCCACCUCGCUGCGCCGGAUCAUCUCAUUACGGACGGGAUUUAUCGCUGGAUUCAGCAUCCCAGCUACGUGGGGCUGGGGUUAAUUGUUGCUGGUUGCGAGGGGCUGUUUCUGAGAUGGGACGCGACACCGGCUUGUUGGUUGGGUGAGGAUGUUCUGGCGAGGUUGGAUGGGUGGGGUGUUUCUGUUGAUGUGGGAGCGUUGGCGUUGAGUAUUGCGAUUUGUGCUGCGAGGGUGAAAGAUGAGGAGGAUAUGCUGAGAGGGCAGUUUGGGAAGGAAUGGGAGGCGUGGCAUCGAGAGACGAAGAGAUUCAUUCCGGGAAUUUUCUGA